AACUGAAAGAAAACAUCAACAGCAAGAAUUAGAAAAGGAAAACAGAAACGACUUUAAAUUGUUGUCAGGACGUUCGAUUCUACAGACGGUCAUGGACUUAUACCUUUGAGACAUACUCGUUUCCCAUCAAGCAGCUAAAACUGAAGAAUGGGAGAAGGGGAUCCCAAUACGAUUACCGCAAGCGUUAACAGAAACUAGGUCAGGGAAACCCCCAUUCAACUGCGGUCGCGGCUUUAUCGCCUUGCCUGGCGUCGUAAAAAAAAACCCCCACAGCACUUAAGGUUCAGACAAAACUGCCGUUGUCGUUGGGAAUACCUUCCUAACUGUAGUUCCAAAAUAUAACUGCAAACGGUGAUUACUAUAAAAGGUUCUUAAAAGCUAUGCCAAUAUCAUUUAUUGAAUACCAUAGCCUGCAAAGCACUGUUCUAGACAUUGAACUGAAUUUUGACUUUAGGAACAGAAAUCCAGUAUAAAAUUUCAUAUAUUUUGUGUCGUUGCUACAAGAGUUGGAUAAACAAUGUUUUCGGUCUCCACAAAGUACGUCUCAUUAGCCAUCCUGGCUAUCUUCAGCGUAGUUGGGACCGCUCUGGCAAGUCCAGUGUCACAACCAACGAUCGACAACCCUUGUAGGAUAACAAGCUCUGCUCCUCCCGAGUAUCUGCCCUUGCAAGAAGAGAUUGCUCUCACAUUGAACGUGUUAGAGACUUUGAGAUCAAGCUGUGAGGAUGGUGUCACUACUAUGAAUACUGAAAAUCUGCUGACCAGUGAUGAAAUCGACAUGCUAAUGAAUAACCCAAUGUACAAUCUUCCUGGCCUACCCUUGGCCACAGCUACAAGAAACGUCAGUGAAGAAAAAAUGGCAAGCAUAUUGCUCGAGGACUACCACGAUGUGUCGGUGUUUACAGUUUUCGCCCAACAAGUCUACGAGGAGGAAGACGGAAACGAAGUCCUGAAAGCUGACCUCCUGAAAGUCAAACAUUAUUUCUAUUCCACUCUGUGCAAGCUGGACACAAUCUUGGGUUCGAUCAACAGUCCUGUCUCAGAUUUUGUUAGUUCUGAUGUGAUGCCAGACUCGUUGAAAAAUAUCACAUCAGAUAAGUACAGAUACAUGCGGGCAAUCUUGUUGUUAAAUAGUGCCAUGAAACACAUUGAAGUUCUUCAUAAAGAUUAUGAAAAAUUGCCACAAAAUGUCUCCUCUGCUUAAAAUGCUUUAGACAUAGCACGAAAGAAACAUCAAUGAUCAUUUUAAGAUAAAUACCUCUGGAGACCCACCGAUGACCGAAAUCUUUCUAUCUAUUUGUCGGUAUUAUCAUAGAUUGUAGUAGUAUGUAUGUCUCACUUUCCAAGAUCUGAAUUUUAAUCUAAGUUUUAAAAAGUCUCCAAAUAUUUUUUAUGUCUUUUUAUUUGAGCAGUGUCUAUAUGUACAUAGUUUAUGUCCUUACAAAAGUGAAUGUCUAAUAAGUUUUAGAAUUUUUACGGGUAAAGACAGGGGCUUUUAAUAAUGAUAGACAGUCAUGUAAUAUAUUUAUGUUUAAUAUUUCUUUGUCUGAUCUAAUGGUAAUCACAACAAAUGUACGAGUAUUGUAUUGUUUUUAAAUUAUAUAUGAAGUGAAACCUGCCUUUUUCCGUUUGUUGUAACCUGGUUGCUGGAACACUAAUCUUUAAUGUACCUAUCUUCUCUUUUUCAUCAUUUUAGUUUACUUCCUGGAUUAAAACAUACAUAGUAAAGCAUAACAUAACCCGUGAAGAGUGGAGUUAAUUUUUAGUUAAGAGACAGAUUUUAAAGAUCCAAGCUAAAGGCAUCCCCGACACCCUAAUUCUCGUUACGUUUUAAAUGUUAUCAGUAUACAAACCCUAAACACAAGGACUAGAACAUUAUACAAAUUCAGAAGACAAAUCCUUUAGAAAAUUCCUCAAACAGUGAAAUUCCACAAUUCAGGUACUCACAUUUUCUUCUUGUACAUUUGAAUGACACAUCGAGUUGUAACAUGUUAUGAGCAUAUGAAUAAUUUAUUGUAUGAUAUGAUACUUUACUGUACACAAAUGUUGAUUGUUUUGAGUAUGUAAUUUUGUUGUUUCUAUGCCUGUUAACUCUGAUCUUGCUCCGAUCUUUAUUUUUAAAGGGUCGGUUGCGAUCAAAAGGUAUGAGUUCCCAACUCAAUCUGUAUACAAGUCAAGCUAUAUUAGCUGCUAAUCAAAAUGGUUAUUUGUUUUUAAAGAUUGUCCAGUGAUUCUUUCCUGCCUUUUUGUGAAGGAUUGCGGAAAUUUUUAGCUUUUUCAUUUUUACUGUACGUUUAAUUUUUUGUUUUAGUUUUUUUUUAAACAGUACACAUUUGUAUAUUACACAUGCCAAUUGUGAAUUUCUCAAUUUAUCUUAAAUAAAAACGUGUACAUAUUGCAAUUAAUUCAUGCUAUAGUGCUUUGUUGAAACUAAAUUGUAUCUGUAUGUUUUCCAUGUCAAUUGCAAAUACCAAUGAAAUAGUCAUGCCAAACCAUUAAAGGCCAAUAAAAGUAAUUUAGAUUU